ACAGCUCCCUCUAGCAAACCUAGGGCCGUGUAGUGCCCGUCCACCUUUCUGAUAGUGUCUGCCUCCGCGCACAAAAAUGAGAUGGGCAUCACUGCCUACGCCGACGGCCAGAAAGGCCCGCGCAUCUACAUUUUCCCGCCUGACCCCAUCAGUGCCGACCCAACUCCACCACCACACGCACGCCUCGCGGCGGAUGCGCAGCAGCAAGAAGGUUUCGGUCAUCCCUUGAGGGUGAGUCUAGCCCUGCUCGCCAGAAAGACCCCCACCUUCGCUACAACCCAUGUCUAA